AUGUCCUCGCAGCAGCACCUUGUCUCUGACUUCACGGCCGGCUCCGGCUCGUGGCUGCCGCAGUCGCAGGGCUUCGACACCCUGCAGGUGCACGCCGGCGUCCGCCCCGACCCGGUCACGGGUGCCAUCCUCACCCCAAUCUACCAGUCCACCACGUUCGUGCAGGAGUCGAUCAACAGCUACCAGGCGAAGGGCUACUCCUACACUCGCUCUGCCAACCCUACGGUGGCUGUGCUGGAGCAGAAGCUGUGCGCUUUGGAGAACGGCAGCUACUGUACGGUGUACAACACCGGCAUGGCUGCGACCACCACGGCUAUCUCAUCCUUCAUGAACGCCGGAGACCACGCGAUCUUGACGAACUGCUGCUACGGUGGCACGAACCGCGCCUGCCGUGUGUUCUUCAGCCGCCUCGGGAUGGAGUUCACCUUCGUUGACAUGCGCGAUCCCCAGAACGUCAUCGAUUCCAUCAAACCCAACACAAAGUUGGUGAUCAGCGAGACGCCCGCGAACCCGACGCUGAUACUCAUCGACGUCGCUGCUGUGUCGAAGAUAUGCAAAGAGAGGGGUAUCGUGCAUAUGUGCGACAACACGUUCGCCACAGCCUACAUCAUGCGCCCGCUCGACCACGGCGCUGAUGUCACACUGAUCAGCACAACCAAGUACGUGGACGGCCACGACAUGACCGUGGGCGGCGCCCUCGUCACAAACAGCAAGGAACUGGAUGCAAAGGUGCGCCUGACCCAGAACAUCCUUGGCAACGUCAUGAGCCCUCAGGUGGCCUUCCUGCAGCUGCAGACGGUGAAGACAAUGUCGCUGCGCGUGACGAAGCAGAGCCACAACGCUCAGAAAAUUGCGGAGUUCCUGGAGACGCACCGCGCUGUGGACCGUGUCGUGUACCCGGGCCUUGCUUCCCACCCACAGAAGGAGCUGGCCGACCGGCAGCACCGCAACAACCUGCACGGCGGCAUGCUCUGGUUUGAGGUCAAGGGCGGGACUGCCGCUGGUCGUCGCCUGAUGGACACCGUGCCGCGCCCAUGGUCCCUGUGCGAGAAUCUUGGUGCCUCGGAGAGCAUCAUCACCUGCCCGUCUGUCAUGACCCACGCGAACAUGACGAGCGAGGACCGCAUGAAGGUGGGCAUCACAGACGGAUUCGUGCGUGUGAGCUGCGGUAUCGAGGACGUCGAUGACCUCAUCGCCGCUCUCAAGGUCGCCAUGGAUGCCCUCGUCUAG